AUUAUUUAUCGACUCAUCCCUUUCUUUCAAAGAAAAUAAUUUUUCCGUUCGUCAAUGUUUUGUUUUCCCUCUCACUUUCUCAUUGGAGGGAAAAACAUCCAAAAAUUUCUGCGGAAAGGAAGUGUUGGAAUACAAAUCUAGGGUUUUAGAAUUAGUCAUUUUUCUUCUUUGCUUAGUUACUCUUCAGCUGCUUUUAGCAAUUUACUUAUUCCAUUUUACUAUUUUGACUUUCGAUCGAAAGAAGAAACAUUGCUGAGAGCUAAUCGCUUUUGAUUUUUCCCAUCAGGGUAGUAGUUGUGGAAUUUCUUUUGCUUUCUCCUGCAGAACUCAACCAGGAAGGUUUGACAUUCUUCUCAAAAGUAAACAUGCAAACCAAGAAAAAGGCCUCCAGACGAAAUGCUACUCAACAGCACGGUAGUCCUCGAGUUUCAAGAACACAGAGGAAGGUAUCUGAAAAUGGGCAAGCAGUUGAAAGGAAAGUUGCUGACUUAAUUACAUCAUCAUGCAGAAAAAAUAAAUCUUUGACUGCACUUGAGAAUAAAGCCGGAGAGUCAAUUCCUUCAACAGAUUUGAGUAAUCAGUAUGACUUUGUGGACCAUGGGACUUCCAAUGCUUGGUUGCAAAAUGAUGCUGUUAAUGGUACUUCAGUAGAUGUUUUGGGCUACAACAAGCAAGCUGCUCAUGUGGAGUCUGGAACUAUAUUUUCUCCUGGAUUUCACUUAUCCAAAGGUUCUGGAGGAAAAGUUGUUGACAGAGUUGAUUUUGUCAAAAUUUUUCAGCAUGAGGACCAAAAUAGAAUUUGUUCUGACCAAGGAACAGAUUUGUCACUGGUGGAUGCCAUAGAUGAUCCUGAUAGUCGAGGAUGUGGCACUGCAAUGGAAGUAGACAUAAAUAAUUCAUCCAACUAUGACCAACACAGAUGCGGUGAUCCAAUGCUGGAUUUAAGCACAAAUGAUGUGAAUGUUUGCAAUUCUGAUUUUGAUGAAAAUGUUUCCUUGGAAGUUUCUGCCAUAUAUCUUGCCAUGAAAAACUCAAAGCUGGAAUGCAAUGAUGAACCUGGUCAGGAGUCUAUGUCAGCAGAUGUAUGCCCGGAGGAUGAUGAAUUUGAGGAUUUUGAUGACUUUGAUCCUUACUUAUUCAUAAAGACCUUACCUGACUUGUCAACGGUCGUUCCUACCUUUAGACGAUUGUUGCUACCUAAGCAGACACGGAGCUGUCCUCCUACUACUCUUGUCCUGGACUUGGAUGAAACUUUGGUACAUUCUACCCUUGAGCCAUGUGAGGAUGUCGACUUCACUUUUCCUGUUAAUUUCAAUUCCGAAGAGCACAUUGUAUACGUACGUUGCCGUCCUCACCUCAGAGAUUUCCUCAACAGAGUUUCUAGCCUUUUCGAGAUAAUUAUAUUUACAGCUAGUCAAAGCAUUUAUGCCGAGCAACUUCUAAACGUGCUUGAUCCAAAGAGGAAGAUAUUUCGCCACCGUGUAUACCGUGAAUCCUGUGUUUAUGUGGAGGGUAAUUACCUCAAAGAUUUAACAGUGCUUGGUCGUGAUUUAGCUCGUGUUAUAAUAAUUGACAACUCCCCUCAGGCAUUUGGGUUCCAGGUGGACAAUGGAAUACCGAUCGAGAGUUGGUUUGAUGAUCGUUCAGAUCAAGAAUUGCUUUUAUUACUUCCAUUUUUGGAGAGCCUGGUUGGAGUUGAUGAUGUACGGCCAUUAAUCGCGAAGAAGUUCAAUCUCCGGGAGAAAAUUGCUGCGGCUGCCCUUCCUCUAAAUACAAACAGGAGAGAGUUUUUAUCGGAAUGAAUUGUGGGUUAUAUACAAUAUAGAGAAAAAUGAAAGCAUUUCUGUAUGUUGUAACAAUAUUAGGGUUAUUAUGAUAUUAACAAUACCAUUUUCUUUGUUGUGGAAGUUGUAAUGAUCACACUUUGAACCAGGAAAAAAAAGAAAAAAGAAAGAAAAAAUGAUGGGAGAAAAACAUAAUAGCGUAGCAUGUUUUUCGAGUAUAAACCCUAUAUACGUCUAGUGAGGAUGCUUGGUUGGUUCGGAUAAUAAAAGUUCCCCAAUUAUUUAAUUUAUAAAACCUAUUUGGAGCUUGUUUGGUUUUA